UUGACCUUUCUCUGUGAAUCGGGGUAAAAUGGCGAGCGAGGAGAGGGAGUCACGCGCCGUUCUGGGAUUAUUAAAUGGUCUCGCUAAACGCGAAUAUUUUGGCAAAGAUGAAUUCAGUGAUGAAUUUUUGAAGGCAGAAUUGAUGGAGAGUGCAUCUGACGAAGAUUUUUCUGCCUUGCUGUCAAGAUGCAAGAGUCUGUUAAAGAAUAUAGUGUCUGGUAACAUGGACGUGAAUCAGCUGGAUGCUUUCUUGACAUCCCAGACCAAGAAGAAAGGAGGUAUCAAUUCAGCUCAGGCAGCAGCAUUCGGUAAAUUCUGGAGGAAUAACAAGGCUAAAAUUCAUGAUAGCAUUGUUGCUAAGAGUAUGUGGGGCAACAGUCUAAGGAGCAUGAGUUGGAGGAUUGACAUCAAAAGUCAAAGCAAGUGCAUUGAUCAAAUCAACAUGCCCACAGCCAUUGUAGAGCUCCAACUUGCUGAAAAUAACUCUGAUAAGGAAGUAGAGUUGGUACGAUUUGAGAUGGAUGAGGAGAAAUUGGCCAAGAUCACCAAGGAUCUGGAUAUUAUGGAAGCACAAAUUGCUGCCCACUGCCACUGAACAUUAUCAGCCCUACACAUUGUGUACAUAUGCCGUAGUAGGUAUCCCUUUCUCAUUCUAAGUGUCACACCUGUCAAGCUGAGGUGUCUAAACAAGCUCAUUAUGAAGUGAAGUUAUGCAUUUGUAUUCAUACCUGCCCGUAAUUAAUCACAGUGGCCCGCGGCAAUUUGAUGCCCGACAAGCGAUAAUGUGUACAACUCUGACAUUUCUUUUUGACUAAUGUUUGCAUACUUCCAAGUGCAAAUAUAAUUAGAGUGAGCUAAGUGUUUCCACCUCCAAGAAGCCAAACAUACAUGUCCUACCAUGACUACAGAUGCUAGACAGUCAGUGGACUCUAAUGUUUUGACUUGUGGCUUUUGUAUCAAAUGGACACGGCUGGACGAUAGAAGAGUGUGAAGUUUCCUGUCAGCUGAAUUGGAUUAUAGAUCAGCAAUUACAUGCAAUCGUCAGUACAGAUGCAAACUCCAAGUAUUUAUGUCGUAUUAUUAAAAAUUAACAAUUUGUAUGGACCAGCGAUGGUUUGUGUAAAUAUUUGAGGCUGUAUAAUGGUCUUUUUUGUCAAGGGGUCAAGUGGGAAGCACACACAGUGGUACGCUGUGAAGAAGUUGCAUUGUAAACUAAAUGACACAGAGUUAUGGUUUUCAUUAUGAGUCUUUAAAACAUGGUCACUACUUGUGGAAAAAAAGCUACACAUUUAUGUUUCUCACUGUUUUCCUCUUAGACAAAAGCAUGUGGUUAGAAACCCAUCAUUUUGAGAAAACAAUGGACCAAAAAUAUUUAGAUUUUAGUGUUAUGAAAUGAGUUAUGUAUGUUCAAGUAAUGAAUUCUUCUAGCUAAACAGACUCAAAAGUCAGUAUUGAUUGGUUUGUUACAGAAAGUUCUGUCCAUUUGCUGGCAUGAUUGAUUAUCACACUGGAACUUGUGUCCCAGUUCGUUACAUGUGGAACUACAAUGUAAAUUGUGUCAUUUUCAAUAAGCGGGGAAAAAGUCAAACAACAAAUUCCACAGUUUUUCCACCUGCGUAGUAUUUUUAGUACUUUGCAAAUUCAGCAAAAAAUUUAUUAACUAGGAAGUAGGCCUGGUAGUAUUCAUUCACAUUUUUGCAUUGUUACACGUGACAUUUUUGGCUCAUGUUAGAGUGCAAAUUAAUAUCUGGCAAAACAUUUUGCCUCAAGUGUUUCACCUUUGCUACCUGAAAUAUUUUACCUCUGCUACAUUAAAAAGCAUUGACAUACAUUAAUCCUUUAUAUGUGAGAAUUUAUGUGUUAUUGCAUACAGAUAAGAUACCAUAGAGCAGGUAAACAGUUUUCAAAUUUCGGCCUGUACAUGCAUAUCCCACUUCAAACCCCUUAAAAACCAAAGUACUCCUUCAGGUGUUACUAGCAUUUCAUAGUUACUUGGCAUAGUACAGUCAUACUUAUUGUGCUUGUAUUCAGAUCUGCUUUUUAAGGAAUCUAAUUUCAGACAAAAAUUAAAAUUAAUGCAGUGGGUAAUUUUAAUUCAACAUAUUAUUUCCUUGGUAAUGUACUUGCAUGUAUUUAAAAGAGAAGUGUUCCGCGCUAAUGCUGUUGCACAAAUUGUUCAUUCGAUAACACCAGCAACAGUGCGUUUAUGUAAAAUGAUACAUUUAAAUGAGUGCACUGCUUAUGAGAUACAAAGCUGUCAUAUUUAUGCAUACAUGUAUGUAAUACGAUGAAUUUUGUGCCCCCCGUGUUUUGAAUCCUAACUCCCCCAGAAUUAGGUCAUACAAUUUCUUAGAAAUGAGUGGGCAGGUUGGUAGCAGAACUUGCAACCAACAACAAGAGGCCUUGAGCGGAUUAACUUAGUAGCCAGUGACCUUCCACUUCACUUGACUACUGGACUGAACAGAGACUCUGUUGUAUUGUCUCUCUGUAGUUUCUCAUUCAAUCGAACCUGCCAUCCUUACAAAUUAGUCCCUGUCCCGCUGUUGGUGAGUUUGGUAAUAUCUUUGUCUUAAAUGUACUUUUAUGCUGAGAUUAAAGGUUUAGUCCUAUCUCAAAAGUUUAGAAAGAGUCGUCACCGGUCAAUAUCAUGAUAUUACAUUUCUUGUAUGCAAUUGCAGUCGUAAUUUUAACUGAGAAUGUUGUCAAAGAGUUAAAGAAUUUGUGCACAUCUUAACUUAAGCCAAAGUCCUUUUCAGAAGUUCUAUCUAUAUUGACAUCCGUUUAAGAUUGUGUUGUUUCCAGAUCCAACAUUUCUUUUAUGAUAUGUUCCAUGAUUUUGUUCAAACACUCUGAUUUCAUGCUGAGAACUGAAUAAAUUGAACUUGCUGUAUGAGUUUUGAUUGAUUUGAAA